AUGCAUCUUUUAGAAAUAAAAAAUCUUUUUCGAUCACGUCUUCCAUUACAGUUGACAUUAUCUCAAAUAACUAAAUUAUCGAAUCAAUUUAAUUUAUCAUCAAUAGAAAUCGAACGAUGGUAUGAACGUUUUAUUCUUUGUUAUCCAUAUGGUUAUGUUUCGUUUCAAGAAUUUCUUAUUUAUUUAAAACAAUUAAAUAUCUAUAGAGAAAAUCAAGAAUAUCAAUUGUCAAAAUCAUUGAUUAAACAACUAUUCUAUACUUUGGAUGUAAAUAAUGAUAAACAGUUAAAUUUUGAAGAAUUUUUUCAAUUCAAUUUAUUAAUUAAUCAAGGAACAAAUGAAGAUAAACUUAAAUUAAUAUUAAAUUUACAUGAUCGACAACAAAAUUAUUAUACACAAAAAGAAAUUGUAAAUAUUUUCACAAAUAUGUUUGCUUUACUCAAUAUAUCUAAACUAGUAAAUGAUUUAUCACAAAGCAUCAAUACAAUUUUAACAAAUGCUAAUAUGAAUAAUAAAAAGAGUAAAAUCUGUUGGAAUACAUUUUGCAUAUAUGUUCUUAAUCACUCAUUGUCACUCGAACUUAUAUUUUCAAAUCAUUUAAUUAAUGAAAGUUUUGAAGAAAAGUUAAUAACGCCAUGUUAA